GGUUUUCGGUUCCCCCACACCCCAAAAAUUCAGUAAUGGCGACCAUCUAAGACGGUGGGUGGUCGGCUGUAUUCUAAAUUUUAAUUGUGCUUUCGUUGCUUGUUAUUCGUAUAUUAAAAACAAUCAUCUUCCGCGAAAGUGAAUUUAGCAAUUAACGAAGUGAUGGAUGUAUACAAACCCUUAUUGGGAGAGUAAUGCCCUUAUGGGUGUAUGUCAUUGGUGAUACGCUUGUAACUUGUUAUUUUUUUCAACUUCAUUAAUAACUAGAAAUGAUGACCGUGUACCGCGGAAUGGGAAAAUGUUUAAUAUAAAGGAGUUUAUCAUCAUACGCUUGUUUAUUCAGGCAGAUCUUAAUUCAUAACAAGUAUGCUUACCAUGGCACGGAAGACGGAAACCGUACGUGCCAUUAACAUAUCCAUUGUUGGCCUGUCUGGAAUGGAAAAGGAUAAGGGACACGCGGGGGUCGGUAAAUCGUGCCUGUGUAACCGUUUUAUGAGAUCUUUAGCCGAUGACUAUAACGUCGAUCAUAUUUCGGUGUUAAGUCAGACGGACUUUAGUGGACGUGUUGUUAAUAAUGAUCAUUUUUUGUACUGGGGCGAAGUUAUUAAGACGUCCGAAGAAGGGGUGGAUUAUCAAUUUAGUGUUAUCGAACAGACUGAAUUUAUAGAUGACGCAUCUUUUCAACCGUUUAAAGGUGGAAAAAUGGAGCCAUAUGUAAAAAGAUGUGCAGCUACGAAAAUCACAUCUGCCGAAAAGUUAAUGUACAUUUGCAAAAAUCAAUUAGGUAUAGAAAAGGAAUACGAGCAGAAAGUUUUACCCGAUGGGAAAUUAAACAUAGACGGUUUUAUAUGUGUUUUCGAUGUAAGCAUUGUGCCAAGUCGGUCUUUAGACAAGCAAGUAGAUUUCGUAGCGGUCAUAUUAAAUAAUUUAGUUAAAACUAAGAAACCUAUUGUUUUCGUCACGACGAAGAACGACGAUGCGAACGAACUGUACGUUAAAGAAGCGGAGAAAUUAUUACAAAGGAAAGAGUAUAAAGGUACCGUUCCCAUCAUUGAAACUUCGGCGCACGAUAACGUUAACGUUGAUCUCGCAUUCAUUUUGCUCGCUCAGAUGAUAGACCGUAGCAAAGUGAGAGCAAAAAUUGUAUCCUAUUCGGAGGCCGCUAGAGCUCAAAAGGAAAUGAUGGACGCAGCUAGUGAAGCAUUUUUAAGGCUGAUAAGGUUACACGUUACUGACUGUAGAGCGCUUUGGUCACAAACUGUUAAAAAGCUUAACUCUCACAAAGAGUGGAUCUAUUUUGUUCAGCUGUUUGGAUUGGAUGGAACACAACGACUAUUUAGAAGGCAUAUAAAAAAGUUAAAAGACGAACAGUUAAACAAACGGAUCGCUCACUAUAUGGAAAUGUUACCAGAUAUAUUACACGAACUAGUCCCAGAUAUAAGUACGCUUACAGAAAGUGAUUGGCCAUCAAUUCAACAGUACCUGAAGACACACCCAGAUUUUUCUCAGUAUUUCUACGAAUGCCCAGAAGACAUGUCGUGGACCGAAUGCGAACUAGGAUCCGAUGUUGACGACACGCGAAUUCCUUAUGAUGUAUUGGAUACUAGCGACGCGGAGACGGUUUAUAAAAAUCACGUCAAUGUUCUUCAGCAAGAGCAAAAAAGAUUAGAGAUGCCAAAGAGAUUGAAAAAACAAUUCAAGCAGCUUUUAGAAGAUACAGGUUAUGUGACGCCCGGUAAGCAUCUGUCCGAAGUUAGGGUGUUGUUUAUGGGCCGAGAAUGUUUUGAGGCUUUAUCCGAACACGAAUGCCAACAGAUUUAUGAUAGCCACCAGCGGGAACUUAUAGAAAAUGCCAAGCACAACUUUCAGGAGUUGCUGCUUGAGCACGCGGAUCUGUUUUAUCAUUUUAAGAGUAUUACGCCAACGGGUACAAUUACGCAAGAAGAUGUUAAGGAGAUAACGGAUGUAUUACAAGAUGACUUUAGAUAUAAAUUGUUAGAUAGGUUGGACCAAGAUAGAAAAUUAAUGCUUUUUCAACAUUUAGGUUUUGUACAUUGCCCCAUAAGGGAGCAUUGUCCUGCAUUUCCAAAUUGCAUGGAUGCUCUUAUUACCCGAAUACUUUCCUCUAAAGUACACAGACCUUCGUCGUGGAAUCGCAGUACUCAAUGGUUGUUUAAUUCAGACAAUAAUCAGCUCAACAUCGUGAUUCUUGGUAUAAAUAAUUUAUCUGAGGAUUUAGCGGCAAAGAUUAGGGCACAAUGCGACGAUGAUGAAUACGAAAUAGAUUGCCAUUAUUAUAGUUUGGAUUAUCGAAUAAUAUCGGGUGAUGUUAGUUUACCUCACAAUUCGUUUAGGACUAGCGACUUUCUUCCGCAUGGUGCUUUUUGUGUAUAUUCGAACGCAGAAUCGUUUGAGUAUAUUCGUGAGAGUUUAGAGAAAACACUUCUGUCUAAUUUGGAACAGGAGGACAAGUUGCCAUUUCAAGGCUUGCCAAUUGUAUUAAUGUUUUUACAAGAUUCUUUUAUCGACGAGAAGGAAGUACUGAAGUUACGUGAAGAGGGACAGAGCUUAGCUGAUAGUUUGCAAUGUCCUUACAUGGAUGUAUGUGUGGAUCAAAUAAGUACCGAACAAUUAGUCAUGGAUGCCUUACAUCAAUUGGUCCAAAGUAUACAUCACCGCGCUGGAUUUUUGAAUAUUUACCAAUCUGUUAUUGAAUGUGUAGAACCUGAUAUUAGAAUAAUAAUGUGCAUGUUUUGUGGUGAUCCGUAUUCAGUAGAAAACGUGUUAUCCCCAUUAUUGUCUCACCAGUGCUGCUUUCUGUCUGGUGAACGUAGUAUUAUUUUAGAAACAUUCUUAGGUGAUUCCAAACGUAAAGUAGAAGUUAUUAUAUCGUCAUUCCAUGGAGCUAAUGCAUUCCGAGAUGAACUUGUGCACGGAUUUAUUUUGGUAUAUUCCACAAAAAGGAAGGCGUCGUUAACAACGUUAAACGCUUUUUCAUUGAACAUUCCAAAUUUACCAAUACAAAUAUUAGCCGUAACGGAUUCGGGAGGAGCCAACGCUUUCUUCAGUAAUGACCUCAGCCACCACUUGAUUACUGACGGUAAUGCGACUGCUGAUAGACUUCACGCCCAUUUUAUGACGACCAAUUCAUCUUGUCAGCAAAAAAGUACCGCAUUUUAUACUCCAUUCUUUAAAGAAGUGUGGGAAAAGAAGCCCGAAAUCGAGCAAGCUUUUCAUAUGGAAGAACCAUCGGGGCUUGACGACAGCGGUGAGGGAACGUUGGAACAUCCAAGGUCGCAGAGGCACGGGCAUCCCCUUCCACCUCCGCGUCAUGAAAGCUAUCAUUUGAAGAUUAAUGACGGUAGUGGGAGUGAAAAUUAUGAACAUUUAGGUGAGCUUAAUGGACCUGAUGAACGUUUAAGUUUGAGUGAUCACAGUGAUAAGUAUUCGCAAAUUUACAUGUACGGUAGUGAGAACGGUGAAAUAUUAUCAUCUAAGAAAAGACAUAUACAUCACGGUUUUCAAGUAUACCCUCCUCCAACGACACCUCCGGAACCUGCGCCGCCCGAUCAUUCGCAAUCUCGGCAGUGUAAACGAGGUCCCAUUCUUUCCACCUCACAAACGAGCCUAGAUGAAAUUACAUCCGACAUAAGUGGAUCAAGGGAAUCUCUUGCAACUCAUGAUUCAGAUGCCGACGGAGAACCUCCAAUACCAAUUACAACCACGUGGAAUAAUUAUGGUCAGCACGCGUUCACUACCGGUCGCAGGCACAUCACCACAACGAAGGGGAGACCGAAGGGUAUUUCUCAAACAUUAAAGCAACCAGGAAAACUGAACCUUAAGAACUUUUCCGUCGUCACCGAAGCUAUAACUCGAAUGAAUAUAUGUAAUAAAGAUGGCUGCAACGCGAAUUUCGGAAGUGCCCCAUUGGCAACGCCGGAGAUUGUCGAUUUGGGAUCGGAAUACGCUCAAGUGAAAGACGUGGUUCAUCCUUUUUCUCACGACGCCGAGUAUACAUAUACCUUAGUUCAGGACGCGAUUAGCGGGAAAUCGAAAUUACGACAAAGAAGAGAGAAAGGUCAGCCUUCAUAUUCGGAUACAGACAGUGAAUGGAGCAGCUUGGAACGACGGCAGCGAGCCAGCGAAGUCUAUUCAAAGGUUAAUAGGAAACCGGCGACCCAUAAAAGACUGCGUAAGAAAAGAAUUGCCAUACCUGUUCAACCACCUCGUGUUCCCCAGCUGGGUGGAUAUCCCCUACCUCCUGUCCAUUCAGCCCCCACAACUGAACUAGAUACUGAUAAAGCAAAUGUUGGAAGUGGAUCAAAUUCGGAAUCGUCAGAAGCUAGUGAUGUAGAGCAGUAUACUGGAACGGGGGACAGCCGCACUCGACUUUCGCAGAAGCGUUCUUUCAGCUUAAAAAAGCGGGGUGUUCCGGCCGUCGUACCGAUACCUCCAGAAAUACACAACACACACAAUUUGCAUCUUAACUCUCCUGACUUAUUCUCAGCCAAACCUAACUCGUACGGGAACAUUCACGAUGACGAAUCUAGUUUAGAUGUUUCCUCUCCUCGUGAUAAUAAUUCCCCGAUGGUAAAACCGCAAUCGCUAGAAUACGUUUGUUUCAAAUUUAGGUUACAGUUCGGUGUCUUACCAAAGCAGUUAAAGGAUAUAGAGCAAGACAAAUUGACGAGGAAACGCGAAAAACAGAAGGCCAAAGACGAUUCAAAGUUGGAGAAGCGCCGCCUGAAGGAGGAGAAAUUGCGAAAGGUUGCCGAUAAAGAAAAGGAAAGAGAGAAGAAGAAGCAACAGAAGUUGAAGCAGAAAUCAUCCAGCGGGGGACCGCCAAAAAUUUCUGAUUUCAUCCAGUCUGAAAAGAACUUCAUACCUCUAUUUAUGGAAAAAUGUGUCAAAUUCAUCGAAGCGGAAGGUUUAGAUUCGGAGGGUAUAUAUAGAGUACCAGGUAAUCGGGCGCACGUUGACCUCUUAUUCCAAAAGUUCGAAGAAGAUCCGAACGUGCAAAUUAGCGAAUUGGACAUUCCGGUAAAUGCGGUUGCGACGGCUUUAAAGGAUUUCGUAUCGAAACGGUUGCCUCCACUUUUUGAAGAAGAUAUUAUCACCGAAUUGGAAGAAAUAGCAGGCACUAGAAUUAAACCGAUGGCGACUACUACUGGAAAUAUGGAGGUGAAGGCGGACCGUAGUUGUCGACUUCUGGCAUUACGUAGUAUGUUAGAUAAACUUUCGCCCGUCAAUUUUGAAGUUCUGAAGUUUAUUUUUCAACAUUUUGACAGAAUAUCUGAAAACUCCAAGUUAAAUAGUAUGGACAGUAAGAAUUUGGCGAUCUGUUGGUGGCCAACUUUGUUACCGAUUGAGUUCAGUGAUAUGGGUCGAUUUGAACAAAUGCGUCCAUAUUUGGAGGACAUCGUGCAAACUAUGAUCGAUCAAUAUCCGUUUCUGUUCUGUGGGAAGGAAGCGUUUGUUAUGGUUUGAGCGAAUGACUUGUCGAAACGCACAACUUAUAGCCUCGAUAUGUAGCAUUCCAUGACUUAAUAAAAUUAAUAUAAAUUUGGGGAGGCCUUCGAUAAUUAUUUGUAAAAGUUUACAAUAAGGUGUAUAACCGCGAAUUUGGUUGUAACCUACUUGCGUAAUAAAAGUAUCAUAACAAUUUUAUUAAGUUUCGCUCUGAGGUGAAUAUUGUGACCUAAGUAAUGACAGUAUUUUUACAUGGAUUUUAGGAUAGGAUUACAUCAUUUGAUACUAAAGUAUGAAAGUGUUGUAAGAAGCUUUUUAUAAAACAAAUUUACGUUAAAUGUUAAUCUCUUUUAUUUGUUACUGUUUUCUCUUACACUUAUUAAAGGAAUAUUGUCAGAUCCGUUCAUAAACUGUCUCCCUCCCAUUAUCAACGAUAAAAACGGUAUUUACUACCAAGUCCAUAUAAACUAUUGUUCUUUUAUAAUAUUUAAAAGAUUUUAUGAAGAUGUAUUUAUUUUUUUGCUGAUUUGUACUAAUUCCGAUGAUAAUUCAUGGUAGUAAUAGAACCAGACGAUAGCUAUAUGAUUUACUAGUGUUAGAUCUUUGCAAUAUUUAAUUUGCAAAAAUCGUCAUAAGCAGUGUCUGGCACAAAGUCAAUGUUUUAUAGUAAUAAGUCUGCUAUUGUGAUGCACAACUCAUUGCUGUGUUAAGGGCUCUAGUCUGGCUGUCAAUAGCCUACAUCGCCCUACGAGUAAAACGAUUUAUUUCAAUUAACAUUUCAGAAGUGAUAUUUUUUAAUUUAGUAAUUUAUUGAACAUUGAUAUGUAAAACAGAACUAUGUGUUGUUAUACACUAUAAAUAAAUUUGUGCAAUUUUUUGAAAACCAAAAUAUUUAUAUCUACAUUAGGAAUUGAUCUGUCAUAAUGGAUCUGACUGCGAAGAUUUCGGUCAGACUGAAUAUAAUAGUUUGUAAGCAUUUCUUGCUUGACGGCUUGUGGAUCCUGGUCGUGUAUAUACAGUUGGAUGUGCACCACGCUUUAAUUAUCGGGAUCCAUAAAUUGUGAAAAUGUUUUUGUAAGCUAUAAAUACAAUACAUGUAACAUAUGUGGAUAUACUAGUAAGUUCCCAUAUAAUGUGACCCGAGUGUGGGUUAAAUACUCUGUUUUUGUAAUGACAAAUUUGUAUUAAUCAACUGCCUAAUAAAUAAUUGUACGCUAAUAAAGUUUUCCCUCAUGUGUGUGUAUUCUCAUCUUUACAGGAUUUUUAAAUGGUGUGCUGAUCUAUGUAGUAUUUGUGAGACGUCAAACCUCCACUGCACCUUACGAUUUUUCAGGUACUUUGUAAACCAUAAACCAUCGUUUCUCUAUAAAUAUAAAUGCUUGAACAGGACAUUGGUUGCUUGAUUUAAAAUGUUUGACGCAUAACUUGGUGAUGGUAGCUUAGAAUGAGGAAAGGUAGCGAAUGAUGAACUUAACCCAAGGGCAAUUAGACACAUACAUAAAGAAAACUAAAAUCUCAACCAUUUUUGUGGACAAGCAGUGAAUAAUGUGCACUUUUCAGGUCUAUUGCAGAUGUGUAAUUAAUUUAUUUACUGUUCAAUAAUUGACCCAUUUUAACUGGAAUCUGGCGAAACUAAUAAGCUUGCUGUUAGAAGAAUUCAAAGCAUGCGCCAAAUAUUACUAAAAUACGUAAUGAGCAAGUUCCCUUGGUUUUUUCCUGGUAUUAUUAUCUCAUAACACAUUUAGUACAUCCUAAACUAAUAUCAUUUUUAAGUAAGCUAACAUUACCCAAUCGACGCAGUAACCUUUCAGCCACCAAGGGGAAUAAAUACAGUAUGUAACAUAGUAGGAAAAACAGGUGGUGGUACUAGACCUACUUGCGUUUCUUUCUUAAUUUCUUUUCCAGCAACCAUAACACGUAGGAAGAUUAGCGGCUUUAUCUAGGUUUUUGAAAAUGAUUAUUCAAAAUUGCUAUUCUUAAGAUGGCGCACCCCAAACUGAAGGUACUAGAUAAUAAUCUGAUGAAAAAAAUCUAUAUCCCUUAAAGAAGCCUCACGGUGAUGCACAUUCAUCUUAUAAUAUUAUUGUACCAUAAAGUGGGUACCUUUCAAAAUAUAUAUAUUAUUCGUACUGGAGUAUAGUAUAGGUACGAAAUUUUUUACCUCUGUUUUGUGGUGUACAAUCUUAAGUGGGAAUUUUGGAAACAUUCUGACAAAAUUGGAAACUUCGAAACAAAAAAUGGAUUCCCAAAUUAUUUGGAAAAUUUUUUUGUUUUGGUACUCUACAAUAUAGGAGCCUGUUGAAGUCAUUAGUUUAUUUAUGAAAAGCGACACAGGUAAGUGGAUUUGAUUUUCCGUCUUUGUUCUGGCAUUUAAUACUUACAUUUAAUAGAAUUUGAUUAUUUCCUAUCGUGUUUGUAAACUUUAUUUAUUAGCAUACCAAUGAGUAAGUACCUAACUUUAUCUAAUUGUAAUAAAUGAAAUGUUUUAACUAUCAAGAGGAUUGUCAAUAUCUUUAACAUCAAAUGAAAACCCCAUGUGGUAAUCUUCUAUGUUUUUCCACAGACGGCUGCGAUUCACUAGGAUUGAGCAUGCAAGAUUAUCAAACAUUCCACUACAUCAAUAAUCGAAAAAUUUUACAGAUCACCUACAAGUCUGGGAAAUUGCUACACCGAUGACCUUGCAAG